GUAUUCACAGGGACGUGUUUUUCAAGUGUACACGUUUAAAAAAAAAUGGAUUCGGCAUAAUGGAAUACAAAUAUCCAUCUAUGCAUCUUCGAAAUUGAAAGAUUAACCUAAAAUAGGGAAUUAUUACCACGGCCAAGACUGUAAAAAAUAAAUGAAGCAAUGAUUAAAAAGCACACUCAUAAAAAAAUACAAUAACGUUUUAAUACUUUCUUUCGAAAUUAAUCAUUAACGUUUUCCUUUACAGUCGCAGUGGAAUACAAACAUAUUAAAAAGGAUGUACUCCGUCAUGUUUUUAGGACAGACGAAAUGCUCGAUUCAAUACGGUUAAGUGGGAUACAAAUGAAUAUGACUUUUAAUAUUAAUUUAUCUUUCUUUAGAAAACGGGCAUUUAGAAAUGGGACAUCAUCGAACACAUGCUUCUUUCACAAAUAACGCCAAAUAUAAAGCUACUACAAAAAUACAAUUAAUUCCGUCAACCAUUUUUUUGUAGGUAGACUAGACAGACAUGGCACGAGCGGUUGGCACGGUCAUAACAUCAAGUCCAAGGUUCGACAUUAAUUAUUAGUUGUACCUGAUGACGCCAUCUUUCUCAUUGACAUUAUGAUUAAUGAUUGCAUUAAAUAUUGUCUAUGUAUCAUAUCCAUCAUUUUAAAAGCAAUAACAAUAAUAAAGAUUACAAUUUUAGUUAGGAAAAUGAUAUUUCUGUUUUUAUCAUCAUUAUCACCAUCAUCGUCAUCAUCAAUUAAUGUUUUGCUAUCAAUAUUACCGUGGUCUUAUUAUUGUCGUUACUGUAUCAAUUAUUGCCAUCGUCAUCAUCAUCAUCAUCAGUAUUUUACAAAUAAUGAUCAUCGUUAUCAUUGCUGUCAGAUAUUUAUUCAUAAAUCAUGAAUUAUCGAUUACGUACCUGGUAGGUGUUUCAUAAAGCUGUUCAUAAGUUAAAAGCGACUUUAAGAACGAUUGGUGAUCCUUGUUUGUAGUAAAUUAUAUUCACCAUUAAAUGUUCAUUGGUGAUUAUUUAACGCGUAAGGAAACUUCGCCACUCGUUCUUAACUUACGAACAGCUUUAUGAAAUGGCCCCAGGUUAGCAUUGGUAAAACUAGUGCAAAAUAAGACCAGUUCCAUUGUAUCAAAUAUUAAUGAGAGAGGGGAAGGGGGGCAGCUAAUCGAGGGGAAAGAGAGAGAGAGAGAGACAAGGAAGGGGGAGAGAGAGAGAGAGAGAGAAAGAAAGAGAGAAUUAGAGGAGGUACAGAGGAUAAGGGUUGUGAAUACAUGGAACAGGGACGGAUCUAGCUGUUUUCCAAGGAGAGGGUUUGACCGAGAAAUUUGACAAGCAAGACAAAAAAAAAAGAAAGAAAAGUUUCACUAUCAAAUUAAUGUCAUUUUGGUACCGACAAAUGUCUUUACUAGCAAAAAGCAACAAGUAAAAAAAUAUAUAUGAAAUAAGACAGAAAAGCCGUAGAUCCUCCCUUUACCAUGUUUAUUUAGUUUCUUAUUUUUUACCGCAAUGUACAUAUCUUACACUUCGAAUAAUCAAAUUCAGGAAUGAUGGAAAAAAUCUUUUCUAUCUUUCGCUCUCUACUCAUCCCCCUUAGUUUCCCCGUUAUCAGCACCGCUUGUGUGAGUAUUUUUGGUUGUGUGGGUGUAGGUGAGUAAGUGUUUUCGAUUUCAGACAUGAUGGUCACAGCCAUGUUAAUGCCAAUGGUAUCAAGUAGAUUGCUUCUUGUUUUCUUAUCGUAAUGAAUCGAUAAGGCAAGAUGUAAAUUAUUUUGAAUAAUGAAUAUAUCUUGUACCGAUCGUACUUAAAGGAGAUCAAAGGCCAAAUAUAACGAGGGUGUUGCAAAAAUAUAGCCAAGUGGUUUCGUCGAAUAUAAACUAAGGGGGGGGGGGUGAAAUUUAUUUAGGGCUUUUGUAACCAUGGUACCCUAAUCGCCCGCCAUAGCAUCAUUAAAUCGUAUCACAUCCUAUUACUCAAUUCAAUUCAGAGAAAAGUUAAACAAAUGAAUCAAGACACACCCUGCUCGUGUUGUGGGGAUCCCUUAUCUCCUUCUCAAUGCCUCCGCCAAGAGUGGUCAUAGUACACUUCUACCUUCACGCGUGGUUCGAUGCUAUUUUUCAAGUACUUAUCGAGCAGUCAUGGCGAAGGACGACUUUGAAUCUCUCCGGUCGGAAGCAGAAAAGAAAUCUACAGGAUGGACAAAUCCUCGGGUGAUUGCCCUGCUCCUCGUCGCCAUCUCCUGCGCGGCAAUACUUUGCACCACCCUCACGUUCUUUCUUCAUCCUGACCAAACUGUCGAUGGCGAUGUCCCCCCGUUCGAACCCCUCCCCACUGACCCUGAUGAGAUGACCAUCGUGGAGCGCAUCAACUGCUACCCGGAUCGGAAUGCAGGCGAGGCCGAGCGGAUCUGCUUGGCACGAGGGUGCGAAUGGCAACCGACGGUCGUCGACGGGGCCCCUUAUUGCUUCUUUCCGAGGGGGCAUGGAACAUAUCGUCUCGUUCUGGAACAAGAACACACAUGGGGGAUGAGGUUGACACUGGAGAGGGAAACAUAUACCCCUUCCUUCUUUGGGCAAGACAUCCAAACCCUCACACUUGACAUCGAAUUCCAGUCCCGCAAUAGGUUGCAUUUCAAAUUUUACGAUGCCUCCAAACCUCGUUUUGAAGUUCCCAUCCCGCUGCCGCCCCGUCCAAAUGAAGGAGCAAUAAACACCGACUACGCUAUCACAUACACCGCUCGCCCUUUCACAAUCAAAAUCACACGAAAAUCAACGGGAGAAAUAUUGUGGGAUACGUCAAUUGGAGCUCUGAUAUUUGAAGACCAAUUUCUAUCAAUUUCGACUCGGUUGCCUUCCUCCAAUCUCUAUGGCUUUGGGGAAAGUGAGCAUCGUAGCUUUAAGCAUGACAUGAAUUGGCGGACAUGGGGUCUUUUCGCCCGGGACCAGCCGCCUGGCGAUAAUAUCAAUCUGUAUGGUGUCCAUCCUUUCUACAUGAAUGUGGAGUAUGGUGGUAAUGCACAUGGUGUUCUUUUCUUCAAUCUGAAUGCACAAGAUUUUACUGUCCAGCCAACCCCUGCUUUGACCUAUCGCACAGUCGGUGGAAUUUUGGACUUUUACAUGUUUCUCGGGCCAACACCAGACCACGUUAUUCAACAGUACACAGAGUUGGUUGGUCGUCCGAUGAUUCCUCCAUAUUGGGCUUUGGGUUACCAUCUAAGCAGAUACGGUUAUGAAAAUCUGGACAAUCUACAGAAAGUCGUGGCGAGUAUGAGGGAAUACGACAUUCCUCACGAUGUUCAAUACAGUGACAUUGAUUACAUGAAGAGGAAUCUGGACUUCACAUUGGAUGAGGAGAAUUUCGGUGGUUUAGGAGAGUUCGUAGAAUCCAUCAAAGCAGAAGGCACAAGAUAUAUAAUAAUGUUGGACCCAGCAAUUUCAGCCAAUGAAACUGGUUAUGAGCCUUAUGAUCUCGGUGUUGACAAUGAUGUCUUCAUCAAAGACGAAUUUGGUGAUUUGAGAUACGGAAAGGUGUGGCCGGACUACCCCAAUAUCACCGUUAACAGUUCCGUUGACUGGGAUACAGGCGUCAGGCUCUUUCGUGCAUACGCAGUAUUCCCAGACUAUAGAAAACAAGCAACAAAAGACUGGUGGAUAGAUCAAAUAACAAAAUUCAAGGAGAUAAUUAAUUUUGAUGGUCUCUGGCUGGACAUGAACGAACCAGCUAACUUUGUCCAUGGAUCAGUCGAUGGGUGCAGUGAGAACAUAUAUGAUUUACCGCCAUACGUUCCUCGUAUUUCAGGAGGAGGACCGAUUUAUGAUAAGACAAUAUGCAUGAAUUCCGUUCAGCAAUUAGAUGACAAUAGAAAGGAGAACCACUACAAUAUGCACAGCCUCUACGGAUGGAGUCAAACUAUUCCGACAGUCGAUGCUGUACAACAGCUGACUGGGAUGAGGAGUCUGGUUGUUACGCGGUCCACGGUACCUAGCAGCGGGACUAACUCUGGCCACUGGCUGGGAGACAAUGGUUCAAACUGGCCCCAACUUAGAUACUCCAUUAUUGGAACACUGGAAUUCAAUCUCUUCGGAGUUCCCCAUGUUGGGGCUGAUAUUUGCGGUUUUUUCAACGACAGCCCAGAAGAUCUCUGUCGCAGAUGGCAUCAAGUGGGGGCGUUCUACCCAUACGCCAGAAAUCACAAUGGAAUCAGAUAUCAGGCUCAGGAUCCCGGCUCCUAUGGAGAAGAAUUUGCUGUCAGCAUUCGGGAGUUGCUUCAUAUCAGAUAUAGAAUGCUCCCAUACCUGUACACCCUCUUUUACGACGCCCACACACAAGGGUCUACCGUCGUCCGGUCCCUGAUGCACGAGUUCACACAUGAUAGUCACACGUGGGGAAUAGACAGACAAUUCAUGUGGGGAUCAGCUCUCCUUAUCUCACCUGUACUCGAAGAGGAUACUACAGUCGUGCGGGCAUACUUCCCACAAGCUCGAUGGUACGAUUAUUAUGAGGGAAUGGAGAUUUCCGUGGAAAAUCUGGAAGUAGCUGGCGGCAUAGAUCUUGUUGCACCACGUGACGUCGUUCCGCUUCACUUCCGAGGAGGUUAUAUCAUUCCAACGCAGCAACCGCAUAACUGCACCAAGUUCAGUCGUCUAAACCCGUUUGGUCUGAUCGUACCUCUCGAUGAAUCGAUGGAAGCUGCUGGCGAUCUCUUCUGGGACGACGGCGAUUCCAUUGAUACCGUUGAAAAUGGAGAUUAUUACUUAAUGCGGUAUAUUUUUUCAAGGCACAUCCUGACGUCAUCGUUCAUUCAUGUACCCACGAAUCACCCAACUGCACUUUUCGAAAAUUUGGCUUUGGACGAUAUAACUAUAUAUGGACUAGAAACAGAGCCCUCCGUUGUAAAGUUCAAUGGUGGAGCAUUGGACGCUUCAAGUUUCGAGUUUAAAGCAGAAACAAAGGUUCUUUCGGUGAAGUCUUUAGAUCAUCCAAUGACAGAUGUCUUCACUUUGGCAAUCGAGUUCUCUGAGAGCCCAUAAAGAUAUAGUCCUUCAGACAUAUUUCUGGGCACGUUGCAUGGUGUGUUGGAUCGGAGCUCUUAUCGCCAAACUAGUCCUUACUGAACGAGUCUUGAUCUAAUGAAGAUCGCCUUUCUUAUUUCUAAGAUAUAAUAAGAUAUAAUUAUAUAUUUUAGCGAUGCUUCAUUAAUAUUCAUAUUAAUGACCCCCCCCCCAACACACACAAAAAUAGUUACAAAAUAUGCACAUUAUGCUUAUACUUCUCCUGUACUCAUUCAAAUAAUGUUUAAAAGUCGAUCUUUUGCUCUAUAGUAAAUGUCCAGCUUAUAAAUCCAAAUGAAAAUCUCAAGCUCUUAGAGCUUAUGAUGAUACAUGUACUCUCUUGUAUAUAUAUUAUCUGAAUGAUUAUACCAAUGACGUUAUGUAAUGUUGAUUCAUAUAUAUAUAUAUGUAUAAAAUCAAAUACAAAAACAAAAAAGACGCUUGGAAUUCAUGAACGUAUUGAUAGCGUGUUAAUUCACUUAUGAAAUACAUUGUUUGUUGCAUCCAAAUGCAAACGCUGUUUCUUAACACUUCAUGACAGCAAAUAAAUUAUGUUAUUUUGAUAUGGAAAAUUAUUUCAAAUAUCAAAUAAAUCUAAAAGAAAAACAGUCUGGAAUAGAUGUUUUUUUUUUUUACUUCACUUUACUUUGCUUUUACUGUUUUUUAUGAUUAUUUUGCUUGGUAGAUUUAAGACACUUUUAACAUCUGCUAUUCUGUAUGAAUUUGAUAUAUGACCCAUCGGGGAUUACGGUAUUUCCAUCAACCAUUUAUGGAGUGAGAAAAUUAUCAUACUAGGUAAUAUACAAUUUAUUGUUAAAAAACUGUAUGCUAUCAUUCUGAUAUUAACUAAAUAAAGGAACUCUGUGGUAAGGUGAAUAAAAAAAUGAAAGUUGCUUUUCGGAUGUACCGUACCUGAGUUGCAUAUUGUAAAAGGCAUGUAAUACGCAACAAGAUCCUGAUUUAAUAUUUUAAAAUGUAUACGUAUUAUCAACUGAAUGAUUAAUGACGACUAAAUCGAUUGACCGAUCACCUAACGAGUACACACUAAGAAAUUUGGGCUCAAUUUUACACCCCUAGGGGUGCACAGGCUUGUCCCUACACGAGUACCACUAGGGGUGGACACGUACACCCCAAAUAGGGGUGUACAGUGUGCGCCCCUAUUUUGGGUGUCCAUCUGCACCUUAGAGUGUGUACACGUCUACCCCUCAGGGUGCAUAAUGUACCCCUACCCAAAAUAACAAAAAGAUUGUCGACACUUCCGGUCCAUUCACUUUCAGUAUCGAUUUUUUUAGUUGCCUUGGUUGGGACUCGAACUCACCUCGUUCUAUCUGUAGUCAAGAUUCUUCCCGCUAUGCCAGCGAGAAGCGCUGAGAGCGGAUGAGGUCUCUAGGCGAUAUGAUCCGAUUCUUAUUUUGACUUGCGCUUAUAGUUGUGGUUUAACUAUAGCUCUAUUUACUGUUUCUCCAAAUGUAUACGUAAUCAAAUGUGUUUUUGAAACAAUCAUCAUCAUCAC